AUGGAGUGUAUCUUGGCAGGCAGUUUGAACCUGGUGGUGUCAUGUCCACAUUUGCCUUCUUCGCUCGAGCAGAAAAUUGAGUUCGAAUUGCCGACAACAGUACUUGUCAUCGGAGCUAAACCUGGUCCCGUGGACAAUCAACAAGGAGUGGCGCAGGAGGCAACUGGCGAGGCAGCGCGCGAGCACCAAGGCACCAUUGCCCCGCGUGGUGAUGAUGAUGUGGCAGCGGAGGAGCCUUUCGAGUACUCCCAUUCAGAUUACUGCUGCCAGAUUGACUCGUGCGCCAGAGUCGAUGCAUUCAUUGCUGGCCGCAUACCUCCUCCGCCUACUCCGCCCGCUGUGGUCGAGCAAGACGCGCCCGUCAUCGAGGCAGUGGGCAAGUGCCCGACGGAGCUGGCUGCUGUCAACCAACCGGGUGCGGCGCCCCAGCGCCGUGAGGAGCCGCCGCUGUCACCAGUUGCGCGUCUUUGCGAGCAGUCCACCGCGGGAGCUGCGGCCGACGCCAGCGAGGGCUGGCGCAUUUCCAGCGGCGUGAGCGUCGCCAGCGGUGUCAGCGCUUUGACAUUGGCGGCUCCAGUCGGCAGCAGUCGAGCGCAUAAGCGAGGUGCUCAGCAGAGGCUGCAGGACGUGGCGACUCGCCAGGCGAAGGCUGCUCGGCAGGCGCACACCGUCUGUGGCAUCCACGGUUGCAACAAGCGCCUCAACGCUUCCGACAAGAGGAGUGCGGUUAUCUUGUGCGGUGACCACCUCCGGACCUACACCCUUGGCUACAUGUACUUGAAUGACGAGACCGUGUGCCAGAUGACCGAGAGCGACCACGCCUUCAGGUCGUGCUUCGAGACGGCGCACCAGGAGAGGACGCAGAAUCAGAUCAAGCCCCCCAAGUGCCGCACCGACAGGCGGGCGGGCUUUUGGACGAGAAGCGACAUCUGGGAGAAGCUGGGUUACAUGCCUGAGCAGCUCAGCCACAAGAGCCAGAAGCUAUGGAACGAGAAAGGUGAGGAAGUCUGGGCCGUGCUGACGGACGAGACAGAGGGCGCCCCCCGUGUAUUCGUCCUCUCGUGUUCGAAGGCCGUCCAGAAGCAGGAGACGAAGUCCUCGGCCUCCGCCACCAUCCACGCCGACCAGCCCGCGAAGGUCUACGAGCACUCGGUGGGUUCCUUGAGGUCCGAAUGGGCGCCGAGCGGUGCCCCGAUCAUCUCGAUGAAGGCCCUCGUCGAGCGGGCCGUCAAGAAGAGGGAUGCCGACAAGAGGAAGGGCAUUCCCGUCGAUGAUGAUGAUGGGGCGAUGAAGGUCUUGAGGGCGCGCCUGCGGAUUGCGAUGAUCCGAGCAGAGACCCUGCCGCAGCACUGCCUUCGGCUUCGCUUGCGGCCUGCCCUGCUGCUCCGCGUGGGCGACGCGGACGGUCUUGCUGCUGAUGUCGCCGAGCUCGCGCAGGCAGACCCCGUCAAGGCAACGUGGCAGCUCCAGAUCGCCAAGGUGAGCCAUUCGCAGGCUCUCAUGGGAUCGGCCCUUGGCAGACAGCGGAGCACGCUGAAGGGCUACGCGGCCGAGGCGGAUUCAAUGGGCCGCUCUGAAGGGGCCCCAAUGAGGGAGCGCGUCGAGCUCACUGCCAAGGCCGAGGCACUCGCCUCGGAGAACGGAUGGUUCAGCCUGCCGAGGUCCGAGCUCUGUGAGAUCUUGCAGAGCCUCAAGUACAAGGGCGUCGACGUCCCCACCAAAGCCAAGAACGAUUGCACUGCUAGGGCGCUCCAGGACUGGUCGCAGAGCACGGAUGGUCUUGAGGAGAAGGUCGCCGAGCUCAUCGACAUCGUCCAGGCUUGGCCCCAGAGCUCCGACGGUGAGAACACGUCUGAUCCAUUGAAACCCCGUCUCCGCCACAUCGAAGGCUCCCCGAAGGACUCGAUGACCUCGAUGUACGACAAUUUGUUGAGGAAGGUUGUCAUCCCGCUCAUCAAGGACGGUGCCAAAGGGUUCGACGCUGUGGUGCGCGUGAUCAAGACCGUCAUCGGCCUGGUCACGGUUGCCUCCGAUGACGAGAACCUCAACUUCGAGCCGUGCGAGGACGCCGCGGACGAGAUGUGCUCGAUGCUCCGCGGCAUCGCCAUGAUCAUCCAGCCCGACGUUGCUGAGCAGAGGAAGAUAUUGGCCACCAAUCGUGACUUCGAUCGGGUCCAGUCGAUCUCUGCGAACAUGCGUGUAGGUGACAUCAACACCAUAGCAACCAUGAAGCAGAACAGCCAUUAUAAAGGCAUGCUCGCUGGAUAUAUUCGGUGCCGUCCCCACUAUGAAGACAUCAUGCCUCGCUUGCUAGACGUCGAGAAGAAGCUUUCUGUGUUCGGUAGCGCCGGCAACUUUCAGGAGAAGUUCGGGAUCCUGAAGCUUGGGUGGCAGGUGACGCUGGACGCAGAGGGCAAGGCGCGGGCUGCCCAGAUGCAGCAUGUGUCUCACAGCCUCGAGGCGUGCACCUUGGACGUUCUGAAGAAGGUUGCGGACGAGAUCGAGGAGCAGGUCUUUGACGAGGCGGACGCCACCGGCCUCAAGGAGCUGAUCGACACGUGCGAGACUGUGAAGUUGGAGUUCCCGUGCGCCCGCCAGCUCAAGUCGUGCGUGAUCGCAUUGGGACAGAAGCAGAUUGUCUCUGGCCACGUGAAGUCGUUCGUGGAGGCUCUGACGUCUUACCGACGCGCAGCCACGCGGGAGAACCGUCUGGCGGCAGCGCGCAGCAUCAUGGGGAUGACUACCACCUACAAGGACUUCGGCGUGCGUGAAAAGAACUCUGAGCUCGAGGACGCGAUCUAUGGAUAUGUGAAACAGGCGCUCGCCCACCUUGGCAAGGGCGAGGACACCCAUCUGACAGAAGCCACCUGCAACUUCAUGAUGACUCAGUGCCAAGUCUGCUCUGGCCUGAUCGGGAUCAUCACGGACCUCUCCACGGAAGGGAAGAAGAACAAGAUGGCUGUGGAGGCCUUGGCCAAUUUGCAUUGGGAGCUCGCGAGCAUCUACAACUACAUUGCCUCAGUCAACGACAUGCCGAGCCGCGCGGCCAACGACAACGCCUCCGAGGGCCUGAAGCGCUUCGUCGCCGCGUUUGCAGCGGAGGCGGGCGACUUGCAUUGCAGCUCUGCCCUUGACUCGGCAGCCGAGGCCGUCGGCAAAGUGGCGCGAAGCAUGAUCUUCGGCUGCGACGAUGGUUUAUGGCACGCCGGCCUCGAGAGGGCAUCCGCGUCGCUGUUCGCCAACUGCCGCCCGAGCAGCCUGAAGAGCGAGAUUGACCUGGUGGGCUCCAAGGUUUCGGCGGCGAAGGCCGCCUUCCAGCUUCGCGGCGACGCCGACCUCGCGCGCGCCAGCGCGAUGCUUGAGAUUGAGGGCGCGCUCGACCGCAUGAAGAUCACCUACUUCGAAGGAAUGGCCUUCGUGAUGCUGCGGGGCAAUGCAUCGGCGCCGCUGAAGCUCAAGCGGGGCCUUAAGACGUUGUUCGCAGGCCUCCCCGAGCAGCUCGUGGCGCACGUGCCGAAGACGCUCCUGGCUGAAGCCCAGGACAAGGCUGGCCUGAAGAAGUGA